ACUCAAAAUUAAAUAUUAUCAUAACAUUUUAUAGACGAACAAAAUGUUCUUGAAACCAAGGACUUAAACAAUAGGUAUUUGUUGGCAAACCUGUUACGGUAGUCGAAUUUUUCCUACUUGCUUUAUGUCAACAUUUUGACAGGUGUAAUGAAUAAUAGUUUCUAAUGUGUCUGAAAUCAUGACAAAUUACUGGUGGAUGCAUUGGUUCUGGAUAACAUGCUGCUUGUAUGUGUUCUUUGUGGAAGUGACUUUCACAGCCGUGAUUUCCACAACAAGUGAAUUGACACCAACAAACUCGAGCAAUGACACCCAACGGUCAGGAAAGUCUAUUGGACGUUCGAGCUACAUUCCAGCCACAACAGUUGCAUCUAUAAUCACUACCACAUUAACCACACCCCUCACUACAACUACUAAUAAAUCUCAUAAGCCUUCCUUUAAAAAACUCGAGAAAUUUGACUUAAUUACUAACAAGACACUAAAAGGAAAUACCAGUAAAGUGUGUGAUGAAACACACAACAUGACUGUGAUAAAUCAAACUAACACAACAGAUACCAAUAUAGAUAAUCAAAUAUUGAUCAACGCAAGUUUUAAUGCAAUAAACCACACAGACAAUUUAACAUACGUUGAGGAUGUUAACUACAAUCAAACGUUGGGUGAUAGACUCAAUGUAGAAACGGCCUCCCUCGAAAGCGACCUGUCUGGAAAUCUCUCAGCAGCUGGUAUUACUGGAAUAACAUUAGGUUGUGUUGUUGUUGUUGGACUUAUUUGUGGUAUCAGUUAUUUUCUGUAUCGUAACAGAAGCUUUAAUAGACCUCAGGUACUUAACGAUCGCUGCAGCAACCCAGACUCCAGUGGAUACAUCGAUGAUGCUUCAGUAAGAGAUAACUCUGAAGAGAUGUACAGUUUGGAUAAUGAUUCGUUUUUGAACAGCUUAGAGGCGAUGACUAUACAAAAUUAUUGGACAGAUACUGUAAAACAUACAAAGUUAUAGGAUCCCUGUUUUAGUUUCUGUACAUAAAUAUGACUUAUUUAAGUAUUUUAGAAUCUGUGAUGCAUAUCAAUAAUACAUAACAAUUUAAUUUUAAAUUAUAUAUUUUUCUAAAACUUAAAACUUGUAUAGACUUUCUUAUGUGAUGUUUAUUUCUUAAUUUUUCUUUUAUAUUGUUUUUUAUUGAUUUUUAUGUACUAUGUUUAUUUCGUGAAGUACAAAUAUUUUAAUGUAAAUAUGUUAUUCCAUUUUUUAAACAAAUCUUCCAAAUAAUUAAUUUAGCACUAUAGAUUAGUCUAUAAUUUAGGAAGUUAGUGUAGAGAAUAAUAUACACAUUUAUUUAUGUUAAAACUGUGCAAUAAAAUAGUUAUUAUUGGUUUGUUUUAAACUAAAUGUGAAUCAGGGGCAUCCCCGGCAUUUAAAAUGGUCCACUUAAUAUGAAUAAAUAGAAUAAAGUCCCCUAA